AGCCAACCGGGGAAUUGAGCGCUCGACGAACAACCCACGCCGUCCCGUCCGUCUCGUGUCCGCACCACUGCCCAACGCGACGUGCCCUCCGCUUGCGCCGACCUCUCCUAUACCACACCCACGCCCACACCCACAUCCAUCACCCAUUGCCUGCAUCCCGCGUGAGACGGCACCCAACCCAACGUCGCCUGCGCCAGCCACCCUGUCCAUUCCAUCCCCAGCACGUCCCUGUCCCUCGACGGCAGCGUCCCUUCCACACGACGCCCCCAGUGCAGCCUGAAGCCGUGCCAUUGCGCAUUCCCGCCCACCCACUCGCACCAACAUGGCCACCGAGACGACAUCGCGGACGCUUGACCGCCACACGCGCAAGCGCCCCUUUGCCGGCUGGAUGAAGCGCCUCGCCAACCUCAAGCCCUCGUCGUCCGACUCGCCCAGCGGCUCCGGCAAGAAGAGCAGCAGCGCCCUCGAGGCCAAGGCGAAGAAGGCCGCCGCGAAGAACUACCCCUACCCCGAGUCGGCCUACGCGACCAACAGCACCCCCGCCCGCCACUCCGUCUCCACCACCAACACGCCGCACUCGCACGAGAGCCUCACCUCGGCCGAGGGGUGCCGCACCGAGCAGAACCGCGCAAAGUCGACAGCCCCCACAGUCGCGACCGUCCCCGAGACCGUCCACUCGAUGCGCUCCAAGGCCGACACGGGCAGCAACUUUGUCGGCGGCAACAGCACCUUCUCGUCGCCCAACGCCUCGGAGCACUCGCUCACCACCACCCUGACCACUAUCCAGUCCACGGCCCCGUCGAAUAUCCUCGCCGCCGCCCAGCCCCAGCCCACCCCGUCAACAGCACCACCCGUGCACUUCUCCCACCAGUUCCCCACCUCACCGCCCCCCUCAGCCAUCCCCCCCCACCUCGCGCCCCAUCAACAACCACACUCCUACCAGGGCGCCACAGCAAACAACAUCCUCACAGACAACGCCUCCAUCCUAACCCUCGCCUCGUCCUCCAAGCGCCGCCGCCGCAACUCCGCAGACACAAACGCCUCGGUCCGCGCCCUAGCCCCCUCCUCCCAAUACGGCGGAAGCCGCGAAUCCCUCCCCCUCAGCAUCCUCUCCGCAACCGCAGACGCAAUCUACUCCCCCUCCACCCGCCCAUCCGGCUUCCCCAACCCAGAGCGCGUAAGCCUCUACUCCGCCUCGGGCGUCACCGCCCCCGUCCUCUCCAGCGAGCGCAACAGCUACUACGCCGCUAAGCAGAACACUAAUGCUGACGGCCUCAGCGUCCGCAGCGGCCUCCUCGGACACGGCCGCACAGAGAGUAUCAGCAGUAUGCGCGCGAAUCCUACUAGUCCGCUCGCGAGCCCGAGGGAUCAACUCGCCCCCGCGAAGAUCAGUAGGCAGAGUCUGGAUUGGACGAGGGAGGCGAGUGAUGGCGAGGAGGAGGUGCUGAGUAGUGGUGUGCCGCUCGAUAAGGGGAAGGCGAGGGUUGCGGCUUGAUCCUUUUUUCUUGGGGGUGGGGG